AAACGCAGCGUAUAGGAUUCGUGACGAAAUCGGAGGAAAUCUCUCAGCUUAGCCUUCUUCCGCCGCUUGUCGCCGUCACAGCUACUAGGGGACCGAUCCGUAUUAUUAUAAGCUAAAGUUGGGACGGAGCCAUGGUGUGGUGUAGCCAUUGUUCCUCGCAUGUUAACGGAAUGCGCGAGGGUGGUAGAUUGGCAUGUGAAUUAUGCGGGAGGGUAUUGGAGGAUUUCUAUUUUUCUGAAGAUGUUACAUUCAUUAAGAAUGCGGCUGGACAGAGCCAAGCCUCGGGUAACAUAGUGUCGAGUGUUCAUAGUGGAAAGUCAAGCUCACGUGAAAGGAGAAUUAGAAUAGCUAGAGAUGAGUUUAUGAAUUUGAAAGAUGCAUUGGGAAUUGGUGAUGAGAGAGAUGAUGUGGUUAACAUGGCUGUCCGAUUCUUUACAAUGGCAGCUGAGCAAAACUUCACUAAAGGGCGCAGAACUGAACUAGUACAGUCUUCCUGUCUCUACUUAACUUGCAGGGAAAAGAAAAUUCCGUUACUUCUUAUAGAUUUUUCAAGCUACCUUCGAGUUAGCGUUUACGAGUUAGGUUCUGUGUACUUGCAACUCUGUGAAUUGCUGUACAUUGUGGAAAACAAGAACUAUGAGAAUCUUGUUGAUCCUUCACUUUAUAUUCCUCGAUUCACAAACAGCUUAUUGAAAGGUGCACAGGAUAAAGCAAAAAAUGUCGUGAAAACGGCUACAGCCAUUAUAGCUAGUAUGAAGAGAGAUUGGAUGCAGACCGGCCGGAAGCCAAGUGGAGUAUGUGGAGCAGCAAUUUACAUAGCUGCCCUUUCUCAUGGUGUCAUGUGCGCUAGGACGGAUAUUGGAAAAAUUGUACAUAUGUGUGAAGCAACAAUAACGAAAAGAUUGAUUGAGUUUGCUAAUACCGAGGCUGCAAGUUUAAAUGUUGAUGAGCUCACUGAAAGAGAAAGGGAAUUGCAUAAUAAUACUUUUAAUUCGACACCAAAUUCUGACAACGGAGUGAACUGUAUACAUAAGGAUUGUAAACCUUUUCGUUGUGGAUUAUGUGAGAGCUGUUACAAUGUUUUCGAUAAAGUUUCAGGUGGACUUGAUGGUGGGUCGGAUCCUCCUGCUUUCCAGCGAGCAGAGAAAGAGAGAAUAGAAAAAGCAGCUAGAGAAGAAAACGAGGGGGGAAUUGGUAGCUUAAACCACGAUGAACCACUAAAUGUAAGCAAAAGGGAAAAACAAUGUCCUGAGAAAGGCCAAGGAGAAAAAGAUGGACAUUCUGAAGCGUCGGAUGAAUCAGGCAGCUUUUCUGAUGUUGAUGAUUCUGAGGUGGAUGACAAUCUUCUCAAUGAGGAAGAAACGCGGUUGAAGACGAUUGCCUGGAAUUUACAAAACAGAGAGUAUCUUGAGGAGCAAGCAGCAAAGGAAGCAGCUCUGAAGGAUUUAAACGCGAACAAUGCUAAUUGCCCAGAAUAUGCAAGAAAGCUUGUCGAAGCUUCUAAAGCAGCUGUGACAAAAUCUAGAAAGGAAAAGCAACAAAAGCGGGCUGAGGAAGCAAAGAACGCGCCUCCCCCAGCCACAGCUAUGGAAGCUGUUGGCAGAAUGCUUGAGAAAAAGAGACUUAGUGGGUUAAUCAACUACGACCUUUUGGAGGAGCUCUUUGAUACAUCACCAGUUGAGGAAUCACCCAAGAGAUCGAGAAUCAAGACAGAUAUGGAGGAGAAGAAGAAGGAAGUGAAGAGCAAUGAACAUGAAGACGAUAGCGAUGAAGAGAUGAGCGAAAUAUUUAAAUGAGGUGAACAGAGAACAUCAAUGUUCAAAUUUUUGGCCUAUUUUAAUUAUAAAUCGUAGAAGAGGAGUAGUCUUGUCUACGAUUUCAAAUAUUUUCUUUAUCAUUGUUACUUUUAGCACUAGCACUUAGACUGGUAGA